AUGAAACCGCCAGGUGGAAAUCGCCAUUACAGGAAGCCUGGUCUUAGCAGGAGAUUUUGUCCGCGAUAAGGGUAAAGAAGUUUAUUUUAUUCAUCUCCUUGCGGACAAUUUGUGUAGGGACCCCCCAGAAAAUAGGACGAUGGCAGAUAUUCUUCCUUGGUCAUGACGUGUAUCAAGGGAAAAAAGGAUCAAAGGUAUGGAAGGGAAAUCGCCAUCUCUCUUACUGCAAAAGCGCAACUGGAUUUUCAGGCAAAACAUCAACAGGAAAUUUUUAAGAUCAUACUCAGGGAUCAUACAUAUUGCAGAAAUGGUCAGCCUGGCGACUAGUUUUGGUGCGUUGCAGCAUUACGUCACGUUAGUGGCCAUGAAAACAGUUGCCGAAACUUUGUUUCUUACGACUACAGGAGCGGCAUAUUUUGUAACACUGAUCAUAUUCAUUGUAAAAGUAUUCGAUUUUCAGCAGAAGAAUAUGAAAUUCUGGAAUACUUUUAUUGUCAUGUAUACAUCGGUAACCGCUGUCCUGUUGUUCGUGUUGUCAAGUUUCCUUACAAACGAGGCUGUUAAGUUGGGUGACUCAUAUCAUGAUACACCACUUCAGCCAAAAUGUGUCACAUGCAGUAAGAUUAACAUUGCCUCGGUUUUUGGAUUCAUAUCGCCUAUCCUGUUCACUAUAGACUUUUUUCUUUACACAAGGCAAUACGGUUUUCCUUGUUCAAAACCAAACGGGCGCCAAGUGACUGUGCAGCAUGUUCAAGUAACGCCAAUGACCGAAAAUAGGGGAGAACAAACAGACUGAUCGACUAGAACCAUAAGGGACUGGUACUGGGCCGGAAAAGGGGGCUUCAAACUUAUGGACCAUAACGGAAAUGGAAGGGGUUACCUAAUGAAAAGAAAGCCCAUGGAAACAAACGCUGGUCGUCACUUUCUGGUUAAUCCCGUAAGGAACACCAGUUCAUCUAUAACAGAUGUUUGUACGAAAUGGUUGACAUCGAAAAGCACUGAAAAAAAAAAAAAUCUGAAAAUUCGCAGAAAAAAUUAAUCUUGCGGAGAAAAGAAACACGUCUACGCCUCCAAAAUUGGGCAAAAUGGUCGCUAAAAAAAUGUACAGUGAGUCAGCUUCAAAGAACUUACCUAUCAGUAACGCCCAGAAGGCGAGAGACAUUUUAUUUUUCUGGUUCUGUAACAAUAGGCUGGGUUACGUUCAUCAACUUCUGCUUUAUAAUCGUGUUGUUGUUCACCUGAAUGGAAAACUAGACACCGAUACGUGCAGAAAUAUCUUCACCAAGUUUACCAAUCAUUCGACAAAGAAUCGAAGGGACAACUCACUGACCAUGUGCAACUGAACAAACUCUGAAAUAAAGCGAGAUAGAACCAACU